CAUGGCUACCAAGGUGGAUGUCGGAAUCCGGGGUUUGCCAGGAGCUCCAGAUGGGGUCAAGGAACAUUUUCAAGCUGUGACACGCAACUACAACACCCAUCCCAGGCUGACGUACCGGACUGUGUGUGGGGUGAACGGACCCCUGGUAGUCCUGGACAACGUGAAGUUCGCCCAGUACGCGGAGAUAGUCAACUUCACCCUUCCCAACGGCACCCGCCGGAGCGGGCAGGUGCUGGAGGUGACCGGCUCCAAAGCCAUUGUCCAGGUGUUUGAAGGGACCUCUGGCAUCGAUGCCCACAAGACGUCUUGCGAGUUCACCGGGGACAUUCUCCGCACACCGGUGUCCGAGGACAUGCUGGGCCGAGUCUUCAACGGUUCGGCUAAGCCCAUCGACAGAGGCCCCAUGGUGAUGGCCGAGGACUUCCUGGACAUUAACGGGCAGCCUAUCAACCCUCAAGGACGCAUUUACCCUGAGGAGAUGAUCCAGACGGGCCUCUCCCCUAUAGACGUCAUGAAUAGCAUCGCCCGGGGACAGAAGAUCCCCAUCUUCUCCGCUGCUGGUCUCCCCCACAACGAGAUCGCAGCUCAGAUCUGCAGGCAGGCUGGCCUGGUGAAGAAAUCGAAAGAUGUGGUGGAUUACCACGAGGAUAACUUCGCCAUUGUCUUCGCAGCCAUGGGGGUGAACAUGGAAACGGCUCGGUACUUCAAGUCGGACUUCGAGGAGAAUGGGUCCAUGGAGAACGUCUGCCUCUUCCUCAACUUGGCCAACGACCCCACAAUCGAGCGGAUCAUUACGCCCCGUCUGGCUCUGACCACCGCCGAGUUCCUGGCCUAUCAGUGUGAGAAACACGUUCUGGUGAUCCUAACCGACAUGAGCUCCUACGCCGAGGCCCUGCGGGAGGUCUCGGCGGCCAGAGAAGAGGUGCCUGGACGACGGGGGUUCCCUGGCUACAUGUACACUGACUUGGCCACCAUCUAUGAGCGGGCAGGGCGAGUGGAAGGCAGGAAUGGCUCCAUCACACAGAUACCCAUCUUGACGAUGCCCAACGACGAUAUCACUCAUCCCAUUCCGGAUUUGACCGGCUUCAUAACUGAAGGGCAGAUUUAUGUGGACAGACAGCUUCACAAUAGGCAGAUCUACCCUCCCAUCAAUGUGCUGCCGUCUCUUUCCCGUCUGAUGAAAUCAGCUAUUGGAGAAGGCAUGACCAGGAAGGACCAUGGGGAUGUUUCGAAUCAAUUGGUAAAAACCAAAAAUUGGUCAGAAACGGCAUAA